UGCCUGGCUGGCCACACAUCUCCAAGUCAGCCAGCGAGAGCGAGGAGUAGCUGCCAGGCCCCUUGCAUUCCCGUGAGUGACAGUAGAGUGCAUGACAACGACUAGCCUGCAAAUCCUGGCGAAGCCAUCCGUUCUUGGAAUGGGUGUAGAACAUUAACCACCGCAGUGGUUAAAUGCUAUAAGAACUGCGUUUGAGACUUGGUUGCACCAUAGCCGAUAGAGGGAAGGACUUGGACAUUUGUCAAGACUUUUAACGACGGCUACGAGAAGGCAGAGUGUGCGCGAGGGAUAUACAGUCGAGACGCCAGUGCUCAUCAAAUGGGGGAAAAGAAGGGCUACUCCUCGGAGGACCAGGGAGGGGACAAGAAAAAGAAAUCACCGACAAUAUGUGGAACCAAUUACCCAGUCAGCAUUGGAUUCAUCGUGGUCAACGAGUUCUGCGAAAGAUUUUCCUACUAUGGAAUGAAAGCGGUGCUGACGUUGUACUUCAUCCACUACCUCCACUGGGAUAAGGACUUGUCCACGGCGGUGUACCAUGCCUUCAGCAGCCUCUGCUACUUCACCCCCAUCCUGGGGGCCCUCAUCGCCGACUCAUGGCUGGGGAAGUUCAAGACCAUCAUCUACCUCUCCAUAGUGUACGUUCUCGGCCACGUGGUCAAGUCUGUGGGGGCCAUCCCAGAUGUGGGGGACAACACUGUGCACGUAGUGCUCUCCAUGUUGGGUCUAGGCCUUAUUGCCUUUGGUACGGGAGGCAUCAAGCCCUGCGUCGCUGCCUUUGGAGGAGACCAGUUUGAAGAGGAACAUGCAGACGAGAGGAGGAAAUUCUUCUCCAUCUUCUACAUGUCCAUCAACGCAGGGAGUGUCCUGUCGACUGUCAUCACGCCCAUACUGAGAAGUGAUGUGCAGUGUUUUGGUGGCGACUGCUAUGCUCUUGCUUUUGGGGUUCCUGCAGCUCUCAUGAUCAUCGCCCUGGUGGUGUUCAUCGCUGGCAGUGGUCUUUACAAGAGGAGCCCACCAGAAGGGAAUGUCCUGCUCCAUGUCUGUAAAUGCAUAGGGUUUGCCAUCCGGAAUCGAUCGAGGAGCAAGAAAAAUGACGCCAAGCGGGACCACUGGCUGGACUGGGCAGAGGAGAAGUACCCGAAGCGCCUGAUAGCUGAGAUCAAGAUGGUGCUGAGAGUGCUGGUGCUCUACAUCCCCUUGCCCAUGUUCUGGGCACUGUUCGACCAGCAGGGCUCCAGAUGGACUCUGCAGGCCACCCGUAUGAACAUGGACUUUGGUGCAUUUGUCUUGAAACCUGACCAAAUGCAGAUGCUGAACGCACUGCUGAUCCUGGUGUUCAUCCCUAUCUUCGACAUGGGCGUGUACCCACUCAUCGGCCUGUGCGGUAUCAAGCUCACUCCUCUGAGGAAGAUGGGUACAGGGAUGAUUUUUGCAGCUUUGGCCUUUGGUGCUGCCACUGUUGUAGAACGCGGCGUCAUUGAAACGGUGGUGGAGCCUGCGCCUGCUAGGACAAGCCUCCUCAAGGUCCUGAACUUGGCAUCGACAGAGGUUACGGUGGCCAUGGAGGGACACGCAGGCCUCCUCCCAAAUCCAAUCCUGUCCUAUGAGGAUACAGGAGAGUACAAGAGCCUGUCCCUGAAUGACAUUACACAGUCAUUCACUGUGACAGUGACGACUAACAGGGCAAAACACUUAUGCGUGAAAUCAUUCAGCGAAGAGGAGGCUUAUAGUCUUGUCCUCAAUGAGGACGGCUCAGGGGUCCUUUGCAACCUGGCAAAGGACAACAUCAAAAAAUCAGAAAAUGGAGAAGCACACCUAAGGUUCAUCAACUCCCUCAGUGAAGAUUAUAAUAUAACUGUUGGAGGUAAACAUUUCCAUGCACCAAGUGGCUUUGGAAUCUCAGAUGGCGAGUUUGUGGACAGAGAAAACUAUCCAAAUGUGAGGUGUGAAAGCAGAUCAGAAAAUGUCACGCUGGACCUUGGUCUUCUUGACUUUGGAGCCUCCUACACAUUCAUCCUCAGAGGGAGACCUGGGGCUAUCGAGGUGAGCAAAAAGGAGGAUGUCCGCGCCAACAAUGUCCACAUUGCCUGGCAGGUCCCUCAGUAUGUUCUCAUCACGGCUGGAGAGGUCAUGUUCUCCAUUACAGGUCUGGAGUUCUCCUACUCACAGGCCCCAGCCAACAUGAAGUCAGUGCUGCAGGCUGGUUGGCUCAUGACAGUGGCCUUUGGGAACGUGAUAGUGCUGAUCGUAGCAGAAGGAGCUGGCAUGGAACAGUGGAUGGAGUUUCUCCUGUUUGCUUGCCUGCUGGUCGGAGUAUGCAUCAUCUUCUCCAUCAUGGCCCACUUCUACACCUACGUGGACCCAGACAACCUGGACAAGAUGCUCGGGAACGACACAGAGGAGACCGCCGACGAUGACGACCUCAAAAAGAACCAGCAAGAAGGUGGCUACGUGAACAUGCGCGAGAUUGGAGAAAAUAGAAGAAGCACCAAAAUGUAGCAUGCAGACACACAAAUCCUGCAGUAUUUUUUUAAUGUACAGAAUUUAGCACAUUUAAGGAAAGUGUAGCAAGCGGAGAUUUGCUAUGGCACAUCAGGUGGAAGUUUGACAAUACUGUUUGAAAGUAUCUUCAGUGUUUUUUGUUUUUUUUGGCCUAUUUUUUUGGUCUAUUUUGAGGCUAACAGUGGAACACUAUGAAGAAAAAAAUCCUGACAAAUGAUUGAAGCAUCUAUUAUAUUGUAUAUUGUUCUUGAUGCAUUUAAAAUAGAUUGUUGGGGGGAAAGUAUUAGUGCCUUGAUGUUAUUGCAAGCGACAACACUUUUUGUCAUUUUAUUUUGUAUAAGCUCUGUGAAUGUAAUUUAUGACAAACCAUGGUUAUCAAUUUUGAACUUUACUCUGAGUUUCUGUGAGGGCAGUGGGCUUCAUGUAGUACUUAAAUGUGACUGACACAUUGCACACAUACUGUGCCUACUACGUUUGAAAUCUCAGGACCUUUGUAGACUGCCGCAUUUGCCUAAUGCUCAAUACUGUGUUAGAGAUGGAGUGUGUGUUCAUGCUUCAGUGAUGUAAAUAAUAAGUGAAUUAAAGUGCUUGACAUAUACUGUACUAGAUGUGUUAUUUCUGUCAGAGCACUGCAUGAAACUGGCAUGUGUAUGUAUAUGGAACAUUGGUGAGAGAAGUUAAUGCAUAUGUGCAUCGAGGCCCAACCGUGGCUUAAAUGGUAGGGCACUCGUCUACUAUGUGACCGGCCCGGGUUCGAUUCCGGCCCAGGUCCUUUGUCGACCCUUCCCCGUCUCUCUCCCAAACGUUUCCUGUCUCCCUUUCAAACUGUCCUGUCACAAAUAAAGUCUAAAAGAACAAAAAAUAUUUUUUAAGGAAAAAAGCAUGUGUGUGCAUCUGAGUACUACAAAGCACUAGCCUAGAAAUCUAGACGCCCCUAGAGGCCGCAAGCACAGCUUUGCUGUAGGGGUUUGGCGCGGCCAGGGUAACAAAGCACAUGAGGUGUGUUGUUAUUGUUCUCAUGUGUCCAAGCUCUCCACUAGAGGGCAGUCUUCCCAUUUCCUGAGAGCUGACAGUUCACGUCCUGAUUAUUAAUGUAUCUGUUCUGUUCUGAAUAAGUAUUCAAUGUGUGCCUCUGCACAAGGACAUGCAUAAUAUUUCAUAGUUGUUCUAUUCUUUUAUAAUAACAGGAAUCCAGUGGGAGAGAGAAGGGGUAGGGUUGGGAAAUGACCCGUAGGAAAUGAGUGAAUGAGGCCGUAUUCAAACUUGGGUCUCCAUGGUCAGGUAACCCGUAAACUGGUGAGGUGCGUUAGUGCACUGGACCACAACACUCCCAUAACCACCCUUCAUACAGUAGUUAACAACAUAAUCCAAGUAACAAUUAAACGAAUAUUUAACAAACCUAUUCCAGUUGCAUAUCCUAAAACAAAACAAAGAGAAACAAAACAUUUCUUAACAUUGGACAAUUAUGGACAUUAAUGAUUUUAUUAGAAAAAUGUGUAGAAAAACAUCUGCAUGUGUACUCCAAUGUCCAAUGUAAAGGA